GAUUUUUCAGCUCGAGUUUGCUCACCUUAGUGCCUAGUAAGAGAUUCGAGCGAGGACCGAAGAAACCCAUAGAUUUGAAAAACCCUAGAGCUUUCUGUACACACUUCACUCUCAUCUCAGCAAAGGACUCCCAAAAACGAACGCCAAAUCUAACAAUGUCUGCCAUGCUGCAACCACAAAUCAUCCUGCUCAGGGAAGGGACUGAUACAUCUCAAGGGAAACCACAACUGAUAAGCAACAUAAACGCGUGCAUGGCUGUUGCCGAUGUAGUGCGAAGCACCCUUGGCCCAAGGGGCAUGGAUAAAUUGAUCCACGAUGAGAAGGGGAACACCACCAUCUCUAAUGAUGGUGCCACCAUAAUGAAGCUCCUCGACAUUAUUCAUCCUGCUGCCAAGAUUCUUGUUGAUAUUGCAAAGUCCCAAGACUCAGAGGUUGGUGAUGGGACCACUACAGUCGUUCUUCUUGCAGGAGAGUUUCUGAAAGAAGCGAAGCCUUUUGUUGAAGAUGGAGUCCACCCUCAAAACCUUAUAAGAAGUUAUCGGACAGCUUCUUCUUUGGCCAUUGAGAAGAUCAAGGAGUUGGCUACUAGCAUAGAGGGGAAGAGUUUGGAAGAAAAGAAGAGUUUGCUGGCUAAAUGUGCUGCAACAACACUAUCUUCGAAGCUCAUUGGUGGCGAAAAGGAGUUUUUUGCUACUAUGGUGGUGGAUGCCGUCCUUGCCAUUGGGAAUGAUGAUAGGUUAAACAUGAUUGGAAUUAAAAAGGUUCCUGGUGGUACAAUGAGGGAUUCUUUUCUUGUGAAUGGUGUUGCCUUCAAGAAGACAUUCUCAUAUGCUGGUUUUGAGCAGCAGCCUAAAAAGUUUGUAAAUCCAAAGAUACUUUUGCUAAACAUAGAAUUGGAGUUGAAAUCAGAGAAAGAAAAUGCUGAAAUCAGGUUGUCUGAUCCCUUACAGUAUCAGUCAAUUGUAGAUGCGGAAUGGAAUAUCAUUUAUGAUAAAUUGGAUAAAUGUGUAAAGAGUGGAGCUAAGGUUGUUUUGUCUCGGCUUGCUAUUGGUGAUCUGGGUACUCAGUAUUUUGCAGAUCGGGAUAUUUUUUGUGCUGGCCGUGUUACUGAAGAAGAUUUACAGCGAGUUGCUGCAGCUACCGGUGGAACUGUUCAAACAACUGUGAACAAUGUCAUUGAAGAGGUUCUUGGAUCUUGUGACCUAUUUGAAGAGAGGCAAGUUGGAAACGAGCGUUUUAAUAUAUUUAGCGGGUGCCCGUCUGGUAAGACCGCCACUAUUGUUCUUCGUGGGGGCGCGGACCAGUUUAUUGAGGAGGCUGAGAGAAGUUUGCAUGAUGCUAUUAUGAUUGUUCGAAGGGCUCUUAAGAACUCGACUGUUGUAGCUGGUGGUGGUGCAAUAGAUAUGGAAAUAAGUAGGUACUUGAGACAACAUGCACGCACCAUUGCUGGCAAGUCGCAGCUUUUUAUAAAUUCUUAUGCGAAAGCACUUGAGAUCAUCCCACGGCAACUUUGCGAUAAUGCUGGGGAAGGUGCACCUUAUGGUGUAGACAUUAACACGGGCGGAAUUGCUGAUUCGUUCGCCAACUUUGUUUGGGAACCGGCUGUUGUGAAGUCUGAGAGUGCACAAGGAGAGGCCGGCAUGGGUGGCCGAGGCCGUGGAGGCGGUUUUCGUGGGGGCCGCGGUGGACGAGGAAUGAGAAGGCGGUAGAAAAAAAAAACUUUAUUUAUUCCUUUUAAAAGAAAAAAAAAAAGU